CGUAGAAGCACGCAGGCCGCAGGUUGAGCACAGCUGAACUGUAACAUCCUGUGAGAUAAGAUUGAUUUUGGCGGAACAAACUAACGCAGACGGACCGCCAUGAGGACGGGAUUAGUAAUGCGGCUUGAGUCGUAGCCCCACAUUUAGAAGUGCUGGUGAGGAAUUUAAAUAUCCCGCCCGGUGCUCAGAUGUCCGGUGAUGUCUCCGUCGUCAGUGCUAAGUCGGUGCCGCUUAGUCCUCGCAGUGGGUGAGCUGUGGAUCCGUCGUGUCAGUGCCGGGAACUCACGGUUAAUUGUGAGUAGAGAUUUGUCCCGGCACAUUCGUGGUGGCUCCAGCAGUUUGUAUCUCCGAGCUGGCAAGACGGCCUCAUCCCCACCCAGGCGGACGAGCGUUGCUUUGUGA